CUGUACAGAGAGAAAGCAAUUUGCAAGAGAGAGAGAGAGAAGAUACAGAGGAGCAGAGAGAGAGAGAGAGUGUGUGUGAGAGAGAGAAGUGCAGAGAAUAAUGGCGGAGGGUAAAAAGGAGAAAAAACAGAGCGAAGAGAGCGUGAAGCUGUUCGUAGGUCAAGUGCCGAAGCACAUGACCGAAGCUCAACUUCUCGCAAUGUUCAAAGAGUUCGCUCUCGUCGACGAGGUCAACAUCAUCAAGGACAAGGCAACUCGCGCUUCUAGAGGAUGUUGUUUCGUGAUAUGCCCGUCGAGGCAGGAGGCGGAUAAGGCGGUCAAUGCGUGUCAUAAUAAGAAGACGCUGCCCGGGGCAUCUAGUCCAUUGCAAGUAAAAUAUGCAGAUGGAGAAUUGGAAAGACUAGAGCACAAACUUUUUGUUGGUAUGCUUCCGAAGAAUGUGUCAGAGGCUGAAGUUUCAGAAUUAUUUUCUAAAUAUGGGACCAUAAAGGAUUUACAAAUUUUAAGAGGUUCACAGCAAACAAGCAAGGGCUGUGCUUUUCUUAAGUAUGACACGAAAGAACAAGCUCUUGCUGCCCUAGAGGCCAUCAACGGGAAGCAUAAAAUGGAGGGUUCAAGUGUUCCCUUAGUUGUCAAAUGGGCAGAUACAGAAAAAGAAAGGCAAGCUCGAAGGGCCCAGAAAAUUCAAACUCAGGCUCCUAAUUUACCAAAUGCUGAUUCACAACACCACUCAAUAUUUGGAGCCUUACCAAUGGGUUAUGCUUCUCCAUAUAAUGGAUAUGGAUAUCAGGCCGGCCCUGGAACUUAUGGGCUUAUGCAUUACCUGCCACCGAUGCAGAAUCAACCUGCUUUUCACAACAUGAUUCCACCAGUAAACCAAGGGAAUGCCCUGCGUGGAAUGUCACCUGACCUUGCCCCCAGAAAUUAUGCCGUGCCUCCUGCAAGUUAUGUGGGCUCUGCUUAUCCUGGUGUGCCAAGGCUGCAGUACCCAAUGGCAUAUCCUGGAGGAAUGAUGGGUCACCGCCCUUUGAGUAGUUCACCCGGUGCUGUGCCACCUGCUGUUGCCAACAGUAGUGCAGCAACAUCUUCAGGUGCUGGUACAAGUUCUGGGGUUCAGGUUGAAGCAAAAAAAUUUCUUCGCCACAGUUACCCGGGAAGUAUCAAUCCAUAAUUCUGUGAGCUCCUUGGCUCAUUUGGCUUCUAUCCUUCCUUCUAUUCUAUCCCUUGAUGUAAGUCAUUAUCUCCAGAAUGCCUGUAAAAUUCUUGUUAUCAUGUAAAGACUGAAGGCAGUCUUCCAGCUGAAAAAAAUGACAUAAACAUGUGGAUGCUUAACUGCUCGGGCACAAUGCUUUUAUAGAAGACACUAAUCAAACCUUUAGGUACUGGUGAAACAUAUUUCAUGUUGAUAUCCUGUUCUUUUUUUUUUCCUUUUCUAUUAUUUUGUACCUUUUCUUAUUCUUUUUCUUACUUGAUACUUGCAAAGCAUAUAUCAGGAGCUGGCUAAGCUGUUAUAUAAUAAGAAACUUGUGGAAUUGUUUCCCAUUCUUAAAUAUAUUUUACUUCUGCACAAAAUCAGAAAUAUUUUAGUUAUUCUUGUUUUUCUAUCUUCCAUCGGGAGUGUUCAUAUUUUGUCAUUCUCAAAAUGUUGGAGAUACUUAAACUAUCAAGGUAUUGAAUGAAGCUCCGAGUUUUUUUCUUUUAGACAUUUCUGCUGUUGUUGAGCACUCAGUUGUGUGGGACAAUCUUGCAGGUGAUUGGUGAUUCGAUUUCUCCGAUCAUGUAUGGGGUCAAUCAUUCCUUCUGCUUAGCUUGAGCCUUGUCUUAUUCUUACAACAGAACAAUAUAAGAGGGUUGUCAUGCUUGAAUGGUGUACAAAAGGUACCGUAUCAUCAUUGCUAUUUAACAGAGUGGUUCAUUAAAUCUACCAGCAUUACAUUUCAUUCAUUUUUGUAUCCUCUGAAUUUCAUCCAGGAUAAUUCAGUAGAAUGAUUUGUGGAUCUUUAUUUCCAUGGCAAAUCUUCUGUUUCUUUGUAAGUUUAUGUAUUUUGUAUUUGCAAUGCAAGAGCUAUUUUACAACUUGUUUUUGCUUUUGCAGGAACAGGAUAUGGGAAUAUGGUAGAAAUCUUCCCUGGAAAAUGCAAAGGGUAUGCAAUUUUCUUAAAAAUGGAUGAUAGUUAAUGUCUGAAGCAAGACUGGUGUUAAACCAUGCAACAUUUAGGGCAGAAAAGAAUCUUUGCUGAAUCUUUUCAUUGUUUUGAUUUGAUCAUCAUGCACAUCUGACAAAUUAAUUGAAUAUCAUUACAUCAUAUUGUGUUUGUUUAUAUCGUGAUCCACAUAAUUUGUUUUCUGUUCAGUCAGUCAUUUAGAUUCUUACAUUUUCAGAAUGAUUGAAUAGCUUCUUUGUCGUACUUGGCAUUACUCUAUAUUUUCUCUAUUUUUCAUGUUGAUGACAUCAUUUCAUCAUAACAAUAUCCUACUAAAAUUUGUUUCUUAGUCAUUUCCAAUCCUGUCCAAGGAGUUGAGACUUGUGGUUGCAUUGCCUGGGAUUCCAGAGGGCCUGCAAACAGGUGGCAUACCAAACUCCUUCACAUCCUAGUCUUUGUUGUUGGUCUUUUUAAUUUCUUUUGCUUCUGUUUUUUCUUGUCUCAUCUGCUGCUGAUUCGUCAGCUGUAAAAUAGGUUGGAACUCAGAGCAUAAGACAAAAGAGCACUUUCAUUUAUAAUUUACUGGCAUAACUCAGCCUUUUGAAGAAAGCCUUAUUUUUGUAUCUAUUAAAGCAGUGUACACGUGUUGUGGCUGCUGUCAUUUGUCAUAUCUGUGUUUUCUCAGUAUGUGGUACGGAUACUGCAUGUGUGUAUGAAUGAAUUUGCCUCUUUGUUUUGUUCA